CGCAAGAGGUAAUCAAAUUGUCAUCAAUCCAAAUAGCAAUAGCUGUGGAAGUUAAUGGCGGAAUUCCCCAAGGACCAGCGCAUGGUUGGCGCCUCGAACGUGAAUCGAAGACCACCACUGGUGGAGGUGUUCUCGGUGCGCGUCGACGAUAUCAACGGAGAGGACCCGGGCCACGUCUACGGCACGAUCGCAGUCACGGACGAGGUGGGUCCGCAAAACCUCUACAAUCGCCAAUGGGACGACCCCGAAUCCAUCCGCCCGGGCCACAAUGUUCUGCUCACCGGCCCAUCUCGAGUCAUCACGGCCGAUGGGGACGUCACCAUCGAUGUGCAUCUCAUGGCUCGGGAGGAUAAAGUGUCUCAGGGCAAAGAAGUCAGCCGCGGGCAGAUCUGGUGGAACCAUUCCGACGCCAGUCACAUCACCGAUAAGGCCUUAACCCAAAAGGUUCCUGGCCUGCAUGGUUCGGCGACGGUGACCUACGCGGUGCUGACCAGUGCGGCGGAGGCCGUUGUGGAGGUCGUGCUCAUAGAUGCAGGCGGGAAGGACCGCGCCAAUGUUUAUGGAGUGAUUAAAGCUCGCAAUGGCAUAGGUGAGAGCGAGCUCUUCCGGAAGGGGUCGAGCGAGCCCGCGGAUGUACGUCCUUGGCAGCUCAUCCGGCUGUCGAGAUCCGUAGUAGCUGUGCCGUUGAACUCCUUCCUCGUAGUCAUGGCGGAUCUGUGUGGCAGCGAUAUUGGUGAGAUUGCCAACGGCUUCGCAGCGUUCCUUCCUCAGCAGACGGGCACGUUUGAGCAGAACAUCCCAAGGAAAGCACGGUGCGAUCUGUGUGAAGGUCACUUGGAAUCGAGAUAUCUAAAGCCAUGCGCUGCUACUGAUAGGAUGCGUAGUCUUGUGUUGGACUUGGAUCCGAUCGUUUUGUGUUAUUUCCAUGUUACGUUCCUACUUGUCUCGGCUACUUCCUAAGCGUGAUUAUGUGUCUUACAUAGUCGUCUGUACUACUUCCCUAGCGUGAUUAUGUGUGUUACCUAGUCGUCUGUACUACUUCCUAAGCGUGAUUAUGUAUGUUACCUGUACC